AUGAAAGUUUUCAAUAUUUUCGUCUGUGUGGCUUUAAUUUUGGUCGCCAGUACUUCCGCCCGCAAGGAUCCCCGCAAGCAUGCCAAAUGCUUGGCCGAUAAUGAGCUCUCCAAAAAGGAAUUCCUUGGCAUGUGGAAGGCGGCCAAAAUGGGUUCCACCGACAUCGAUAAUCGCAUGAAAUGCUAUACCCAUUGCAUGUUAGAAAGUUCGGGUCAUUUAGAUGAAAAUGGCAAAUUGAAUAUGUCAUCAAUGGGCAAAGGAAAGAAAAUGACAGAGGAAGGCUUAAAAAUUGCUGAAGAUUGUAAAAAUCGUUUUGAGGACAUUGAAGAGAAGUGUGAUUAUUCGUAUCAGGUGUCAUAUUGCAUUGCCGAGGAAAAGGCCAAGAAAGGUCUCUUGAAGGGUAAAGCAAAACAUGGUAAAGAAUAA